AUGCUCUCUCGUCUACGAAACACCGUGAUUGAAGAUUGCGAGAAUCUCGACGGAGCACCUCUCAGUGUAAUAGCAGCUGCCUUUGACAAAUGGGUCGAAGAAAACGGUGAUCCAGAGCCAAUUUCGUCACGAUACCAAAUAGCACUCAUUGUCGACGAAGAAUCACUCGAGAAAUUCCGGCAACUACCAGCACCAUUUACACCUGGUCUCUUCGGCAGAGACAUGGUAGGAGUCUGUUGCAAGGCCUAUUCACAAACAUUCAUAGAUUCAGGCCUCGAUAUUCAGUGGUUCCGCGCAGCACCAGCCUUGAUCCCUUCGCUAUAUUUUUCCGCGCAAGAUAGAGAUCUAGACCUACUCAUGUGUGAAAUGAUGACACAUGUCAAUACGGAUCCUAUUGAACUAGAGAUGUUUUGA